ACUGAUGAAAUUGAAGCCCUUUCGUCCAUCUAUGGGGAAGAUUGGUGUGUUGUCGAUGAAGAUGAAAAAAUCUAUUGCAUUAAGAUUAGUGAUUGUCUAGAUCGGCCGAAAUGGACCCUCUGCCUGCAGGUGAUUUUGCCACCAGGUUAUCCAACUGCAGAGCCACCUAUUUAUCAACUAAAUGCCCCUUGGCUUCGAGGACAAGAUUAUAUGGAACUAGCAAACAGCUUGGAAGAAAUAUAUGUACAGAACCUUGGUGAAAGUAUUCUUUAUUUAUGGGUGGAGAAGAUCCGAGAGGUUCUGAUAGAAAAGGCACAGUCAUCAGAUCCAGAACCAGAUAUGAAGAAAAAAAGUGAAGAAGUGGAUGAAGAUGAUGGAGAUGAUUUUCUCCCAGAGUAUCAGCCCAUUCAGGAAGAUCCAAAGAAAAUGUUAAAUUGCAUAACAUCUGAAAGUCAAGAAGCAGAUGAAGAGCUGCCACCCAUACACCAUGGAAACCCCAUCACAGACAGGAGGAGUACUUUCCAGGCCCAUCUGGCUCCUGUGGUGACACCCCAACAAGUAAAGAGAGUUCUUGAAAAGUUGUAUGAGAAUAAGAAAAUUGCAACUGCUACCCACAACAUCUAUGCAUACAGAAUAUACUGUGAAGAUAAGCAGACAUUCUUACAGGAUUGUGAGGAUGAUGGUGAGACAGCAGCAGGGGGACGUCUUCUUCAUCUCAUGCAGAUUUUGAACGUUCACAACGUGUUGGUUGUGGUUUCUCGUUGGUAUGGAGGGAUUCUCUUAGGACCAGAUCGUUUUAAACACAUCAACAACUGUGCAAGAAAUAUACUGGUGGAAUACAACUAUGUACCUUCAGUGGAAGAAUCAUCUAAACAAGCAGGAAAGAGCAAAAAGAUAAGGAAGGACAACAAGAAGAGGACAGAACACUAAUUUAUUUUUUAAAAAUAUUAUUUUGCACGUAUUUAUACAAAGAAAACAUGGAGAUUAUUGUUUUAUCCAACACAACAGACAUUUUGUAUUCAAAAAAUAUUUCAGUAAAGCUAUAGAUAUAUUUUU